AUUUUCAGUUAAGUGGGCAGUGUUCUUCCACAUAUAAAUUCGAUGGUGUCAAUCGAACGCCAUCACUUUAGCUUUACGUGAAAACUCGACUUUAUGUACAUGCACCCGAGAGAUACGGGAGUUUACUACUUUGACAUACACCAAUUCCCCUUGGAAAUAGAAAGUAUACUAUCUUUGUUGCAGAAGCACGUAAACAUUAAACAUAAAGUUGAGGUGUGGGAUGAGAAACAUUAGAAUAGCGUUGGCAGUAAAUAAGGUGUUGUCAACAACUGUCACAAUGUGCACCAGCAGAAAGUUUAUCGAUAUUGGUGCGAAUCUCACGGACCCAAUGUUUAGAGGAAUAUACCAUUCAAAGCGAAAGCAUGACGAUGAUUUUAACAGUGUUCUCGAGCGUGCGUGGAAUAUAGGUUUGGAGAAAAUAAUCAUUACCGGAGGAAGUUUGAGUGAAAGCAAGGAGGCUCUUCAGUUAGCGAACUCUGAUGAAAGAUUAUUCAGCACUGUGGGUUGUCAUCCAACUCGCUGUGUAGAAUUUGAAAAAUUUGGAGACCCCAAUGAAUAUCUGAACAGUCUUCAGGAACUUGCUAUUCAAAAUAAGAGGAAAGUUGUAGCCAUUGGAGAAUGUGGCUUGGACUAUGACAGAUUAGAAUUUUGCCAGAAGGAAACUCAAUACAGAUAUUUUGAAAAACAGUUGGCCAUGUGUGAAUCCAUCAAGCUGCCAUUGUUUCUUCAUUGUCGUAAUGCUGCAUCGGACAUGAUAGAGAUCCUCCAGAAACACAGAGAUGGCCUGAUGGGUGGUGUCGUUCACUCGUUCGAUGGCACGAAAGAAGAGGCAAAGGCCUUCCUUGAUCUUGGAUACUAUAUAGGUAUAAAUGGCUGCUCACUGAAGACAGAAGACAACCUGAAGACAGUUGCUGAUAUUCCUAGUGACCGUCUCUUACUGGAAACAGACUGUCCUUGGUGUGGCGUGCGACCAUCACAUGCUGGGUCCCGCUAUAUAAAAACUACAUUUCCCUCUGUUAAGAAAGAGAAGUGGCAAGCAGGAUAUAUGGUUAAAGAUAGGAAUGAACCUGCAAAUAUUGUGCAUGUUCUUGAAAUUGUAGCCGCAGUUCGGAAUGAAGAUGCUGAAGAACUGUGUGAAAAAAUUUAUGAAAACACAAAAAAGUUAUUUUUUGAUCAUUUGACUGAAUAAUUGUAUUGGUUUUUGUAAGCCAGUGUAAAAGAAAAAGUAAAGGUACAACAGUGAAUUUA